UGUCAGGAGGACAGUAUGGUGGUCACAGUGCAGAGGGAUCUGUAUGGAAUUGGAAAGAUGGUGAAGGCCUCAGACCUUACUUUAGGAACCCAGAGUUGCCAGCCUAGUGCCCAGAGUACAAAUCUAAUAGUGAUUUUCCAGAAUGGUCUCCAAGAAUGUGGGAACAGCUUGCAGAUCACACCUGAAUUCAUGGUCUACAGCACAAAUUUGAACUACAACCCCACUCCAUCUGGCUAUUCUAUCGUAAGAACCAAUGCUGCUUCCGUCUUAAUCCAAUGUUAUUAUCCACGACAUGGCAAUGUGAGCAGCAAUGCCAUCAAACCAACAUGGAUACCUUACAGCUCUACUAUUUCUGCAGAAGAAAGAUUAGGGUUCUCUUUAAAUCUCAUGAACGAUGACUGGAGUGCUCCAAGAACCUCUACAGUCUUCCGACUGGGUGACGUCUUCCAUAUUGAAGCCUCUGUUGAUUCUGGCAACCAUGUGCCUAUGACAGUGUUUGUUGAUAGUUGUGUGGCCACAUUAAAUCCCAAUGCCAACUCUGAUCCCAGAUAUGAAAUAAUAUCUCUUAAUGGGUGCUUGAUGGAUGGGAAAGAGGCAGAUUCCACAUCUGUAUUUAUCUCCCCAAGGCCCCAGCCAGACAAACUCCAGUUCACGGUUGAUGCUUUUAGAUUUACUGGGAGAGAUGUAUCCACUAUCUACAUCACUUGCAGCCUAAAAGCUGCAGCAGCUACCCAACUUCCAGAUCCUGUGAACAAGGCUUGUUCAUUCAGCAAAACCAGCAAUACUUGGUCCCCUCUUGAAGGUACCAAUGACAUCUGUAGAUGCUGUGACACUGGGAACUGUGUGGCAUCUCCUAGUCAGAGCAGGAGGGUUAACCAGUAUAAUCGAGGUAGAGGAAAGAGGCAAGCUGGACCUGGUACUUCUGUAGAGCAAGAACAAACCUUGGCCAUUCUGGGACCUUUACUGGUAAUUGGACCGGACCAAAACAAAGCACUGGCAGUGACCCAGAAUCCGGAUUCAUUGGAGUUCUGGGUGUGGGUGGCAGUAGGUUCUCUGAGUCUUGUUGUAUUGGUGGUUUGUGCUGCUGUGAUGGGGAAACAUCCCAAAGCUCUGUGCUCACUCAGGCCAAAAAGGUGCAUAAAACAAAAAGAAAAGAUGAGAAGCACAGAGCGGUUGCUGGAUAGUGUAUUUAUUGGAAAGGAAAUCCAAACAAUUUCCAAACGAAGUGUUGGAGGCUUCCCUAGUCGUAAGCCCUACGUACUGGAGAGAACACUCCUUGUAAGUGAGGACAUAUAUGAUGUAGGUUUGUCUGCAAUUCAAGCACUAUUUGGUCCUAAAGACCUCUCCUGUUACAGACGAGCUGAAGGAAUCACCUACGCUCACCUUCUCACAUGCCACACAGGUGUGAAAAUGGCAUCUAAACGUGCCCACACAUCUGAGCCAUGA